UUGUUUUUGUUUUCUCUCCUCUCCGUCUUGAAUUCUGCAUUUUAUAAGAAAAAUCUCUCGCUCUCUGGCUUGGAUGGCUUUUGGUUUUUUUUCUCUCCUCUCUUUCUUGAAUUCUGUAUUUUAUAAUGAUCUCUCUCCGUCUUGGAUGGUUUCUGUUUAUGUUUUUUUUUUUUUUUCUCUACUCUCCUUCUUGACUUCUUCAUUUAAUAAGAAAAAUCUCUCUCUGACUUGGAUGGUUUUUUUUUUCUCUCCUCUCUUUCUUGAAUUCUGCAUUUUAUAAGAAAAUCUCUCUCUCUCUCUCUCUCUCUCUCUCUCUCUCUCUCUCUCUCUCUCUCUCUCUUCAAAUUGGGUUCUUGGUGUGACAGCCAUGACUGGAGAGGAACUGGGGAUUCGUCUUAUAGGUGCAGAAAGAGACAUGGUAGGAAGCAAUAGAGAAGAGAAAGGUACGGAGGAGAAGACAACGUUGUUUCGGAGAGUUUGGAAUGGUGCGGUUUGGCAUGGUGGCUCUGUUUAUGAUGCCUGGCUCAAUUCAGUUGCUAUUCAGGUUGGAUCUUUGAUCCUUACCCUGCCGUACACCUUUGCUCAAAUGGGUUAUUGGUUCGGGAUCGGUUUGCAGCUUCUUUAUGGUGCUUUUGGGUGCUGGAGUGUCUAUCUUAUCAGUCUAUUUCACGCCUAGGCUUCGCGUAGGACCACAGCCACUGGUGCCAUACAUGAAAAACAUGUU